AUGGGCUCAGUUGGUAGGCUGCAUUAUCUCACCAUGACUGCCGAAAACCCUACGCCUGGAGACCUGGCUCUGGCUCCUCUUGUCACUUGCAAACUCUGCCUGUGUGAACAGUCUUUGGACAAGAUGACCACACUCCAGGAAUGCCAGUGCAUCUUUUGCACAGCUUGCCUGAAACAGUACAUGCAGCUGGCAAUCCGAGACGGAUGUGGGUCUCCCAUCACUUGCCCUGACAUGGUGUGCCUAAACCACGGGAUCCUGCAGGAAGCUGAGAUUGCCUGUUUGGUACCUGUGGAUCAAUUCCAGCUUUAUCAGCGGUUGAAAUUUGAACGAGAAGUUCACCUGGACCCCUACCGAACGUGGUGCCCCGUCGCAGACUGUCAGACUGUGUGCCCCAUUGUGUCAGGUGACCCAGGACAGCCUGUGCUGGUGGAGUGCCCUUCCUGCCACCUGAAGUUCUGCUCAUGUUGCAAGGACGCUUGGCACGCCGAGGUUUCCUGUAGAGACAGUCAGCCUAUCGUCUUGCCAACAGAGCACGGGGCCCUCUUUGGGACAGAUGCAGAUGCCCCCAUUAAGCAGUGCCCAUUUUGCCGGGUUUAUAUCGAACGCAACGAAGGCUGUGCUCAGAUGAUGUGCAAGAACUGCAAGCACACGUUUUGCUGGUACUGUCUGCAGAACCUGGAUAACGACAUUUUCCUCAGACAUUAUGACAAAGGGCCAUGUAGGAAUAAGCUUGGCCAUUCAAGAGCCUCAGUGAUCUGGAACCGAACACAGGUGGUUGGCAUUCUUGUGGGGUUAGGCCUCAUUGCCUUGGUGACUUCACCUUUGCUACUCCUGGCUUCCCCCUGUAUAAUCUGUUGUGUCUGCAAGUGCUGCCGGGGCAAGAAGAAAAAGCACGACCCAUCCACAACCUAA